CAGGAGGUGGGAUUGGAACUCGUGACCUUCGGAUCCAAAGGCAGCGGCUCCUCCGAACACUAAACAUCGGAAUUUCCAUCAUCGUCACCAUCACAUCCGAAACGAAACAUUUUCGCGCAGUGUCGCCACAGAACACGUGGACUCGCCACCAGGGGGCGGAGUGACAGAGGCGCGGCGGAGCGCGCGCGCGCGCCAUUACGCACAGUUUAGUUUUAAUCCAACAUGUAGGUAACGUGGCGGCAUACGCGCGUGUGGGAUCGCGCCGACAGAGCAGGACUGUGUGUGUGUGUGUGUAUGUGUGUCCCCGCAGGGAGAGUGCGGUCGUCCGGAAACUAAGGAAAGCGCGCAGCGCGCGGCUGAGACAUGCUCGAAAGACACACGCAGUUCGGAUGAGCCCCCUCGUGAUCGCGCUUUGCCUCACGGUCAUCGGGAUCUGCGUUCUACUCCAGGACUGCAGGACGAAGAAAAACGUGAGAGGUGUUUGUGUCCUGUGGUGCUUUCACUGCUGCCAAAGCUGUCCAUCAACCUGUGACAUCUGGAUUACCUUCUUCGCUCUCAGUUGCUUAAGCACAUCCAUGCCCCUUGCCGAAGCGAACAAAGUGCAGGAGCUGCUUGAGCUCCAACACUGGAUUCAGGAGCUGGAGCCUCAGCUUCAGGGUUCUGAUGCCACUUUAUAUGCUCCUACCAACCAAGAUGUCACCGAAGACUGUGUCCCUGCGGCAAUGCAGUGUUACCUCCUGGAACUGGAGGUCAUAAUGUUUGAGAAAGACGUCGAAGACAAGGACGAAAAUAUUAAACUGAGGAAAAACAGCAGCUCGCUGCAAAAGAACAGCUGCUUACCAUGCGAGGCGCACCAGGAGGGCAACUCCACAGUAUUCCUGGACAGGUUUAAGCAGUUCCUGCAGCGCGUCUUGUCCGACGCGUGACGUGCGUUUGUGCAAACGGGUGACGCGGCUUCUCAGCUUUCCUGUGUUUGUAUCGUCGUGCUCCGAAAACAAGGUUUAAUGGAACAGCGGGUGGAAUUAAGAUUGGGAAA